AUGGCAACACGAAUCGAUCCAACCACUAAAAUCGCAGCACUGGGUAGAUCCAUUCAACCAGGCAUGCUCUAUGACUAUCGGACUGAGAAGGUCAUAUCGGAUAUAUUUCUCUGGGGUGAAGACGUAACACCGAAAACGAUUAGUUGUCAAAGUUCAUCAACGAAUAAUCGAUGUGCAGUGGGUGUGAAAGAUACAUUUACGGAAAAUGGCGAUCUUUUAGGAAUUGACGAUAAUGUUAAAUUGAGCGUUGUUGCUAGCCUUGUCGAUCUAUCAGGUGCAUCGAUAUUACUUAGAAAUCGUCGAACAACUAACCGUAAUCUACGAUUGGUUUUCAAACACUCAAUAGUAACACAUAUUCGCUCGUUAACCAUGAGCUAUGCCAGUAAACAAUAUACAAAAUAUCCCGAAGUAUUCGAUCAAAAAAUGGCCACACAUGUAGUUACCGAUGUUCUCUAUGGCGCUCAAUUCAUUGUCGUAUUUCAUCGAACGAUAUUUGACAAUGAAGAUGUUAAAAGCAUCCAAGAAAGUCUAGUGCAGCUCUUGGAGAAGAUCCCAUCAUUUCGUUUCACGUCAAAUGACCAAUUGAUCUGGAAUGAUCAUGAACGAAAGCUAGCAGAAUCAUUAACAUGUCGAUAUCAUGGUGAUCUUCAACUACCAUCGGAUGCAAAAACUUUUGAACAAGUUGUAAGAUUAUACAAAGAAUUUCCGAAAUUGUUAGGAGCGAACAAUAAGUAUGCCAUACCACAGCAAGUAACAAUUUAUCCGUUGUAUUUAUUAGAUGAUUUACGUUCAACAGAAAAACGAUUUCAUCAAAUAGAUAACCAAGUUCUGUCGAGAGCACUGGAACUGAUUGACAAAUUACGGCGAUUUUAUGUUAUUUUAAAUGAUUUGACCGAAGAUAUUAACUCGUUACAAUUGUUUGAUAAAAGUAAACAACAAUUAUCAAUAUUGAGAAAUGAAUUUGGCGACUGUGAAGACGACAUCGAAGGACAAAUGAGGAGUCUUUUACCGGAGAUACGCAGCGGUUCAGUUAAAGAAACAGCAUUGAUUAAUUUAUUUACUUUUGUGAAUUUCUCAAAAGAACAAAAUGAAAAAUUCAACGAUUGGAUUCGGCAUAAAACGCAAGAAAUACGAAUAUUGGCUAAUAUGUUAAAGGAUUUAAAACGACCAGGAAAUAUUGAUUCCUUAAUCGGCUCGUUUGCAGAUUUUCAAAGGCAAUCAAAACACGAAAUUAUUUUUCGUUUGAUUAUACAUGUAACCGAAAGAAAAUCUCCAUUUUUAAAAGAUCUAUUUCGCUCGUUUGAUCAACAUGUGAAACAGCAAAAUGCACAAAUCGAUUGUUGGUACGAUGACAAGAAUUUGCCAUCAAUACAAAACCAAGUUGUUCGAUUUAUUCAAGUUGCGAAUGAUCAUCGAAACCAACAGAAUAUUCAUUUUAUUGUCAAUGAAGAGCAUGCCGACGAUUUCCAGAUGAACAAAGGUGCGUCCAUCCUUCUCUAUCAAAACGGUGUUCCGGUCAACUUCGAAUUCCCGAACAAACCAGGUCGACCACAAGUAGCAGACGCUUCAAGUUCAAAUAUAACACUUAGAUGGACACCUCCCACUUGCGGAAAUCGAAGUAUCAUAAAAUACGCAGUUUACGGCAGAAAUCCACGGAAUCAGCAGUGGCAAUUAUUUGUAAGAACCAAAGAUGCUACCACUUCCGUGGUUAUUCCCAACCUUAACCCCGGACAAUAUGAAUUCGCAGUACAAGGAUAUACUUUAGUUAAUGCAACCGAAUAUAGCGACGCAAGCAAUAUCAUCAGAGUGGAGACACCGCGGCCAAUAUCUCCAGUGCACGUUGUGAAAUCGACUCCCGCUGUGCCAAAGGUAGCCCAACAAAUUACCACACAAAAGGCCACUAUUGAUGUGACACCUGCGUGGUGUGAACAAGUGAAACCAAUACCUUUGGAGAAAACACGUUUACCACCUGAAUUCGACAAAAAUUCACCGACCGACGUUCGCACUUACCAAUGCUUAGCUACCUAUCGAUCGAUGAAAAAUAAAACCAAGAACAUCGACUUCGUUGUCGAACCUUUCAAAGCAGAUGUCGAAAAUACGGAAACACUAGUCGUCGUUCUCAACGAACUCGCCAAUCAACUUGGCACACGCUUAACUUUUACCAACUCCGAUUUCAAAUAUGAUGACAGUGCUUAUCGAACUGCAUGUGGUGUGGCUAACCUUGGUAGCAUUCACACGUUUCUUGCUUCAGAAGGACAGUUUCAAACAGCAAAAUUUACUCUCCAUCUCAAUCUUGACUACGAUAAUUUGACAGCAACGCCUGAAACGUUGCAGAAGUUUGUUGUAGACAGUAUCAAUGAUAUUUCGUCGGUUGUUGGAUGUAAAAAAGAAUUCAUUCGAGUGUUUGAGGUUCAACGAACACAAUCAAUUUAUCUUAGCUUCGGCAUUACUACUCCUGUGAUUGAGGAGACAAAAACUGUCGCUGAAAAAACGAAAGAUCAAUUAAAUGAACCUUCGAUAAAACGACGAGGUGGUAUUUUUGAACAUUUAAUUCCAGAGAGAUAUGAGUUUAAAAGAGUGCCUGUGCCUGCUCAGCUGCAAAUACAAGAAAAAGAUCUUGAGCGUGUCCAUAAUCGUAGUUAUGACUUUGCUCAUGAAGAACGCAGAGGUGGUAAACCAUACUAUUUCCCCGAAGGAUGGUAUCGACAUGCUUUGAGAGUAGUCGACAAGUAUCCAGAGGACAAGGCAUGGCUUAAAAUGGACAACUCGCCAGGUGAAUGGGCUGUUGCUUAUCAUGGUACAAAAUCACUUGGAGUUAGAAGUAUUGUUGAUCACGGCUUAUCACAGAGUAAAGUAGUUCGUGAUAUCUUUAAACCCGUCGCAGAAAUGCAGAAUCCGUCGAUUCCAAAAGUCAAUGGCUUAUAUGUAGCAACACAUUGUCAAGAUGGAGCGUCUGUAUAUGCUGAACCAUUCGACGUCAAGGAAGCAACAAGUCCAGGAAGAAAAUGUCAAGUUGUCUUUCAAUGUCGAGUACAACCGGGAAGAUUCACCGUUCAUGAAAAGCCCGGAGUAGUGACGACUGGUGACAUAUGGCGUGUGUUCGACGAAAAAGCCAUCAGACCUUAUGGACUACUUCUGAAAUAUAAUUAA